GUUGCAACAAAGUACAUACAACGAUCCAUCUCCACCAUCCAUCUGAAACACAUGGGAAAGUGCACAACCGCACAUCAUUUCUUGCUCCAACUCCAAAACAAUAGUACAGGGUGUCUCUCUCUCUAUUGAUAGUCUCUCUCUCUGCAUUGGCACUCUCUCUCUACAUCGCAUCGUCAUUUUGCUUUCGGCAAGCUUGUUUCUUAAUUUGACGGGAUCUCCAUUAAGUGUACAUUUUGUUUUCAAUUUGAAGUAUGGAUGCUAAAGCAAGAAAUGCAGUGCUUCGUGCAAAAUUAAAAGAAGCUGCACAAAAACGAGAAAAGCCUCUUGACGACCCACUUGUGAGGUAUAAUGAUUUGGACCAACCUGUUUGUAAAAUUUGUAAUGUUGCUGUGAAGUCGGAGUCCCUAUGGCUUGCGCACAAAACUUCUCGUAAACAUCUCGAGGUCAUUGCCAAACUCAAAGCUAAUGCUGCUGAGAUUUCUCGUGUUAGUAGUGCCAAAUUGAACGUGAACAAUGAUGUCGGAAUGGACACUUCCAAAUCCAAUUUAGUUGCAAAUUUGCAGCCAAUAUCUCAAUCAUCAUCCUCUCUUCCUGCUGAUUUUUUUGAUAAGCAGGACACUGAAAGGCAAAAAAGUGAUGUAGCAGCUGAAAGUGUUAAACAGGACUCCGGAAUUGCUAGAAAAACUGCUAAACUCGAAGAUGUUGGUUCUUUACCAGUGGCACCUCUGAAGAACGAAAAUAUUCCUGUUUCUAGUCAUUUGUCAGGGCAGACCAAUUCUUAUGACAUGGCAAAAGAGGGGUUCCAUUUUCAUACAACAGAAAACAUAGAAGAGAGAGUACGUGUGCCAUCCAGUGAGCUCGCUACUGCAAGAAAUCUUGAUAAAAUGGAAACCAAGCAAGUAAAGGGAGCUCUCCCCGAAGGCUUCUUUGAUAACAAGGAUGCAGAUCUACGAGCACGAGGCAUUGAACCUGUUAAGCUUGAUAUCAAGGAUGAGUUAGCAGUGUUCCAAAAGGCCAUCCAAAGUGACUUGCAGGAAGUGGAUGACCGCCUGGAGGAAGAGGAGUUUGAUGCUGCUGAACAGAGAGAGGAAAUGGAGUCUCUAGAACAAAAGGUCCUUAAUGAACGUGUGGAGAUGCUGAAGAAGAAGCAGCUUGAAUUAAAGGCUGCAAAAUUUGCAAAUUCACGAAAGCGCCCUGCUUACAUGGGUGCAGAGACUAGCGAAGAAUCCUCAAGUGACGAUGAUGAAAACGAAGAAAACUUCGCCGUGGAUUGGAGAGCCAAGCAUCUAUAAGAAUAUGUUAUCUGAUUAUGACCAGUGGUUCCACUCUUAUAAAAGAUCUUUGG